AUGUAUGUGUCUAAAGCUCAGACACAGCUCUUAGUGCAGGAAGAAGCAGAGAAGUCGAAGGAGGAUGGUGGACGCAUUAAAGGGACAUUUGGCCGAGUUGUGACACAUGACGGUUUCUUGAGGGACCAAGCAGAGUGCACUCAGGGAAAAUUAAAUGAGCAAGAGUUGGAACGAUGGAAGGAAGAGGCUAAGGAGCGGUGGAAAGUGUUCAACAACUCACAGAAGGCAGAAAUAACGAGCUGGCGCAAAGAAAAAGCACACUUGGCUGCACUCAAACAAAAAGCACCACCAAAGCCACUGGAGGUCUGA